UCGGCCGGUCUCUUCCCCGUCCAACUCCCAUGGCGCGCCUCCUCGCUCUCGCCGUCGCCGCCGCCGUUCUCAUGGCUCAACCCGGGCAGCAGCUUGCGUCUGCUGCUCGGACGUCGGCGGCGGAGGCCUUCUGGCGCGCCGCCCUGCCCGGCGCCCCCAUGCCAGACGCCCUCCUCGAGCUCCUGCACCACGAGAGUACCGGCGUGCCGGACGACGGCGUGUCCGAGGGCGAUUACAACGACAACGACCCACCGCCGCCCAUGAAUUUCAACUACGACGACUACAGGGCCUUGCCUCGGUCUCGGACCGGAUCCGCCACGAACGCCGCCGCGCCCCAUUUCCUGCAGUACCGCGCCGUAGUCCGGAACGACGCCGCUGCACACGUCGACAACGCCGCGACGACGAUGGUGUUCUUUCUCGAGGACGCGGUGCGCGUCGGAGGGAGCCUGCCGCUCUUCCACGGCACCCAGCGCCGAGCUCGAGCUGCUGCCGGCGCGUCGGCAGGGCUGAAGCUGCACGCCGUGCGCUCCGUGACGGCGGUCGAGGAGCCCGGCAUCGUCGUGUGCCGCGGCGACGAGGCUCACGGUCACGGCCACGGCGCCGUGUACGGGUGCCGCGCUGUCGGACCGGCGGCGAGGGUCUACGUCUUGGCUCUCGCCGGGGACGACGUGUCCGCGGUCGCUGUUUGCCGCACUGACACGUCCAGGUGGGACCCGGAGCACGCCGCGUUCCGGCUCCUCGGCGUUAAGCCCGGCGGGCCGGCGGUGUGCCACGCCGUGCCGAACGCGCAGGUUCUGCUGUCUGCCAAGGACGGGAAGAGCCCCUCCGCGAAUUAAGUAACGAGAGUAGUCGUGACGCAAAAUUUGUAACGGCUGUGUAACGUGCAUUGGUAUAGCUGUUUGUAUUGUUUGUUUGUUCCACUGUAUAAUGUGGCUACUAUAUAUGCGCUCUCUAAAGUACUCCCAAAAAAAGUACUCCAAUGUAUGGCUGUUGAAAUAAAGGAUGCAUCCAUGUGGGUUUUUUUACA